UGACAAAUUAUUGAAAGCUAUUUUAUUUGAUAUAUCAUGGUGAUUUCUAUGUUGCUCACUAAAAAUGAACACAAACGAAAAGAGUUGAACAGUAGUACGUGAUUUGUAGCUUCUCUCAUUCCAGUUAAGGACUAAUGAUGAUGGAGCAGUUAAAUUACUGUCUUCUAAUUCAGAUCUGUGUUGCUUUAGCUAUUUCAUUUCUGGUUAGUGCACAGGAGGAAUCAGGAUUCAUUAGCAUUGACUGUGGAGUUUCAAAGAAUUCUAGCUACACAGACAGAGUAACAGGCAUAAAGUACACUUCUGAUGCAUACUUCACGGAAACUGGUAUAAAUAAGAGCAUAUCAUCUGAUUUCAACACAACCACUCUUCCACAGCAAUUCUGGUAUGUUAGAAGCUUUCCUGAAGGAGAUAGGAACUGUUACAUCAUAAAGCUUGCUCAAGGAAAAGGUUACAAGUAUUUGAUCAGAGCGAGUUUCAUGUACGGAAACUAUGAUGGCCAAGGUAAAGCACCGGCUUUUGAUUUGUACAUGGGAGUUAAUAAGUGGGAUUCAGUAGUAUUGAACAAUGAAUCCAGUAUCAUAAUCAAAGAAGUCAUACAUGCACUUCCUACAUCUUCCAUAAACAUAUGUCUGGUGAAUACUGGCUUUGGUUCACCUUUUAUAUCAGCAUUGGAGCUCAAGCUUUUGAAAAAUGCUACUUACAUGACCAAUUUCGAAUUGUUAGCACUCCAUAGACGGCUGGAUAUAGGUUCAACUACCAAUAAAACUGUCAGGUACAGUGAUGAUGUUCGUGAUCGGAUCUGGUUGCCCUAUAACUUUCCUCAUUACAAAAUUAUAAGCACUUCAUCCACAAUUGAUUCAGGAAGUAUCAACAAUUAUAAUUUACCAGGAAUUGUAAUGAGCACUGCUAUCACAACUGAUAAUGCCAGUACUCCUCUUGAAUUUCACUGGAUUCCUGAAGAUCCCAGUGCCAAAUAUCAUGUAUACAUGCACUUUUCUGAUUUUGAAAAGCCCCAAGCCAACCGUUCGAGAGAGUUUAACAUCUUUCAAAAUGGGGAUUAUUUUUUUGGACCCUUCUCUCCUGAUUACAUGUAUUCAACUACAGUGUCUAGCAGAUCCCCAAUGAGUGGAUAUAGCAUUGAAUUUACAUUGUUAAAAACUAAUACUUCUAGUCUUCCACCCAUCCUCAAUGCUCUUGAAAUUUACAGGAUGCUAGAUGCUUCACAAUCACGCACUGAUGAGCAGGAUAUUACAGCACUGAUGAACGUCAGAUCAUUGUAUGGAGUGAGAAAGAAUUGGCAGGGUGAUCCAUGCAUGCCAAAAUCCUUUUUGUGGCACGGUCUUAAUUGUAGCUAUGAUGACCACAGUCCUAAUUGAAUCACCUCCUUAAACUUAUCUUCGAGCGGAUUGGUGGGGGAAAUAGCUACUUAUGUAUCUGAGCUCUCGUCAUUAGAAUAUUUGGAUUUAUCAAACAAUAGCUUGACUGGACCGGUGCCUGUUUUUCUAUCCAAGUUGCACUCCUUGAAAGUCUUAGACUUGAGGGACAAUACACUCGUUGGUUCUAUUCCAGGUGAACUCAUGGAAAGAUCGAAGAAUGGAUCCCUUUCAAUAAGGGUUGAAGGAAACCCAAAUCUUUGUGCUUCAUCUCCUUGCCAAAAAAAGAGGAAGAAUUACAUUAUUCCAGUUGUAGCAAUAGUCUCACCAGUGCUGGUUCUCUUAGUUUUAGCUGCAACAGUUGUCUGGAUAAUGAAAUGGAGAAAACGAGCCCGACAACAUCCCGUCAUAAGACUUGGAUCACUGCAGCCAACGAAACAGCAGCUAUCUUACUCUGAAAUACAGCGUAUUACAAACAACUUCGAGAAAAAAAUUGGGGAAGGAGGAUUUGCAAAAGUGUUCCUUGGUUACUUGGAUGGCAAUCAAGUUGCCGUGAAGGUCCUUAAGGCUUCGGUUCAAGGUUAUAAAGAAUUUGAAGCAGAGGUUAAACUUUUGCUGAGAAUUCAUCACAGAAACUUGACGAGCCUUAUCGGAUACUGUUAUGAAAAAACCAACCUGGUUCUUAUCUAUGAGUACAUAAAUAAAGGAAACUUAAAAGAAAAUCUAUCAGGUGGAAAUGAUAGUGUUCUUAGUUGGGAGGAAAGGAUGCAAGUAGCCGUUGAUGCAGCACAAGGAUUGGAGUAUCUGCAUCAUGGAUGUAAGCCUCCAAUUGUUCACAGAGAUGUGAAGUCUGCAAACAUCCUUUUGAAUGAAAAAUUUCAAGCCAAAAUAGCUGAUUUUGGUCUAUCCAAGAGUUUUCCAACCGAAAGUCAUACUCAUUUGUCAACUGUCGUUGCGGGUACCGAAGGAUAUCUCGAUCCUGAGUAUUAUGCAUCUGGCAGAUUGACUGAGAAAAGUGAUGUUUACAGUUUCGGAGCUCUUAUAUUGGAGAUAGUCACUUCCCAUGGCGUCCUCCUAAUCGAUAGAGCUUCUUCAAGUAAAUACCAUAUAAGCCAAUGGGUAAUGCACUUGAUGAAAACAGGUGAUAUAAGUAGAAUUGUAGAUCAGAGGCUAAGAGGAAACUUUGACUUAAGUUCUGCUUGGAAGGCAGUGGAGAUUGCUAUGACAUGUUUGUCACAGACUUCCAGUGAGAGGCCAGGCAUGAAGGAAGUGGUUAUAGAGUUGAGUGAGUGCUUGGCAUUAGAGAAAGCUCGGAAAAGAAAAAAUGUCGAUUCUGAUACGAGAAAAUCGAAUGUAGUUAGUAGGAAUUUUAGAGAGAGUGAAGUAACACCUCUUGCUAGAUAGCUUCUACUUGUAACUUGUAUCUGUGAUUCAAAGCAAUCUAUUGUAGAGAGUCGAGUGAGAGCCCGAUCGGGUCAGUGUUGGUUCAAUGGAAAAGGUGUAAGUAACUCAGGAUUAUUCGAGGAAGAGUCUGAUCGGGGCAAUAUGGUGUGGAUCUAGCAAUGGAGACUGUUUUAUAUGCAUAAAACUAAGCACCAUCACUACAUAGGUUUUGGAGUUUAUUGUACAUCAACUCUGAAAAUAUGAGCUUUUGCCAUUCUAUCUUAGCAAGCAAGAAGAUUAAUUUCCUUUU